AUGUGUACUGCGGACUACAUCAUAUUCAAUGAGCUGCGGCUGGAGGACCAGCUCUGUGAUGUGAUCAUUGAGGUCCAUCAGUCUGAGUUCAAAGCCCACAAAGCUAUCCUGUCUGCCUGCAGCUCUUAUUUCUGCGACCUGUUCAACAGCAAAGAUGAGCAGAAGUACCAAAUUACUGGGCUGUUGCCAGACACCAUGAGGCUUGUGAUCCAGUGCAUAUACAAAUGCUCGGUGCCAAUCUCAGAGAACAACGUGGAGAGUCUCCUGCAGGCAGCCAACAUGUUUUGCAUUGCAGGCCUGAAUCGGGCUUGCUGUGUGUUUUUGGAGGUCCAUCUGACCCCUCAGAAUUGUAUUGGCACCUGGAGGCUGGCUGACAUGUACUCCUGCACCAACCUGCGGAACCACUCAUACCGCUACAUCCUGCACAACUUUGUGGAAAUCGCACAAGCUUCCAGUGAGUUCCUGGAACUCUUGUAUGCUGAGCUUCAUGACAUCAUCAGUGACGAUGAGCUUAACGUCAGACUGGAGGAUGCAGUGUUUGAGUCCAUCAUGCACUGGAUUGGACACAGGCCCAGUGAGCGGCAGCAGUCUAUCUCCUUCUUGCUUCCUAAGGUGCGGAUGGGCUUAAUGAAUGCGGAGUACUUCAUGGACAAUGUGAAGAACAACAUAUUGCUGAAGGAGAGAGACGAGUGUCACAAGAUAAUCAUCGAGGGCAUGGAGGCGCUGCUGGACUAUAGCAUGAACCAGUCCCACUACAACUUUAGUAACUCUCUGUCUCGGCCACGCCUGCCUUUUGCCGUCUUGCUGGCAAUCGGGGGCUGGAGCGGCAACAUCCCCACGAAUGCCAUCGAGUCGUAUGACGCAAGGGCCGGCCGCUGGGUGGACGUGACGCUGGACGAGGAGAGUCCCCGGGCUUACCACGGCGCAGUCUACCUCCACGGCUUCGUCUACUGCGUGGGAGGGUACAACAGCAUGGAGUACUUCAGCAGUGUGCGUAAAUACAAUCCCGCCACGCUCACCUGGCACGAGGUGGCGCCCAUGCACUGCCGCCGCUGCUACGUGAGUGUGGCCGUGCUGGACGGCUGUAUCUACGCCAUGGGAGGUUUGGACGGCCAUGUUCGCCUCAACUCGGCUGAGCGCUACGAGCCGGAGACCAACCAGUGGUGCCUCAUCCCACACAUGCACGAGCAGAGGAGUGAUGCCAGUGCCACCACGCUGCAUGGAAAGGUGUAUAUCUGUGGGGGCUUCAAUGGUCAGGAUUGUCUGAUCACUGCAGAGUUCUACAGCCCCACGGCAGACCAAUGGACCGAAAUCACCCCCAUGAACAGCCGGCGGAGUGGGCUGGGAGUCAUUGCCUAUGGCGAGGAGAUCUAUGUGGUCGGCGGUUUUAACGGGGUCUCCCGGCUUCGGAGCGUGGACGCCUACAACCCGCUGACCAACAGCUGGCGUGCGGUGCCCGACAUGAUCACAGCGCGCAGCAACUUUGGCAUCGAGGUGCUGGACCAGCGGCUGUUCGUAGUGGGCGGUUUCAACGGCAACACCACCACGGACUACGCCGAGUGCUACGACAACAAGGCCAAUGAGUGGAGCGUGGUGCACUGCAUGGCAUUCUACCGCAGUGCCCUCAGCUGCUGCGUGGUGCCUAACCUGGCCAACAUCACCCGGUACGCCGUCCCCCGCCCUGUCGCCAGUCCUGUCAUCAAGCUGCACAACCCCUCCCCCUUCUCCCCCCCAGUCUGA